AUGGAGAACCCCAUCACUCCACCGGGGCCACUGACGUAUCCGUAUCAUGCGGGCGUUGGAAUGGAGAAAGAAAUAAACAACUACCAUCCUGGCGGAUUCCACCCCAUCCUGAUCGAUGAUGUCUUAGAUAGCCGCUUCAAAGUGGUAAACAAGCUAGGCUGUGGUGCUGAAGCCACCGUGUGGCUUUGCAGGGAUGUAAUUCUGGGUAAAUGGCGUGCCAUCAAAAUCUACGCGGCCGAAUCCUCCCACGAGGACCUUGCCAGCGUGAAGCUAACCCGGCCAAACCCGGAACAACCAUCUAUCUUGGCCACAUCGCUUGGGCACUUCUGGGUCGUCGGGCCUAACGGCCGCCAUCUCUGCGCCGUGCAGCCCCUCCUGGGGCCUCGGGUAUCUGAUGUAGCAUUCCAUUGCCGGCGUGAACCCAUGUUCCUUAGAGAUCUCUGCCGACAGCUGGCCAAGACGGUGCACCUGCUCCAUAAAAAGGGGUUCUGCCACGGCCGCAUCCACCCCGGCAAUCUCCUGUUUUUGGUCAACGACACCAUCCACGAGUUGACCGAAAAGCAAAUUAACGCCCUUGUUGGCGGUCGGCAUCUCGAGCGAGUGUACCGAAUCAUCGCUCGGCAACGUCGGGACCGCGACUACGACAGCGACUACGAGAGCGACUACGACAGCGAAUACGACAGCGACUACCAUGCCUACGAGGUCGCCGACUACUACCCGGGCUACUACCCGGAGCUGUGUGCCGAACUCCACGCCCGCCAGCCCGGCUAUGAGUGUAGCUGCAACGGCCCGACUUCCGCGAGGUACAACCACCCCUCGCUGCCCGCCGGCAUGCCCAAGUACGCCCUCCGCCCGAAGCCGCUCAGCAUCCCUGCCUUAACACCCGUCGCCAACGACCGCCGCAUGUACACGAUGCACACCAUUGCCCUGGCUGACCUUGACACUUGUGUUAAGUACACUCCCGACACCAACAACACCAACAACACCAACAACACCAACAACAAUACCAACAACGCCACUCCCGCUCCCACUCCCAUCCUCACCCCCCACCCCCCCAACGGCUUCGCCGCCCCCGAAACCUGGGCCACCACCAACCCCCCCAGCGACCGUCCCGACCCGCGCGCCGGGGACGUCUGGUCGCUGGGCGCGGCCAUGUUCGCCGCGGUCUGCGGGAUCGACCCCUUCUGCGACAGCGGCCGGGGCGGGUGGUGCGUGCUGCGGUCGCUACGUUCCUACCUGGGCGCGCCGCCGACGGGUUGGGCGCGGGGCUGGGGCCCCGCGGCGAGGAGGAAGGUUGCGCAGGGGGCCAAGGUGGAGAAGAGGGUCUGGGGGGAGAGGGUGAGGAGGGAGGAGAUGUGCGGGACGGGGGAUUGGAUGGAGGAGAGUCUGUUGGUGCGGCUGAGGUUUUUGGCGUGGACGGUGGAGGAGGAGUGGGAUGAGUACGAGGAGUUGGGUUGUGAUUGGUUUCGUCACAUGCAGACGGGGGAGGAUGGGGAGGAUCAGCUGGAGUGUGAACCGUUUAUGAGCAGGGAGGAUAUAAGGUUGUUUGCGGACUUGUUGGGCAAGAUGUUCCAGUGGCGGCCGGAGGACAGGAUUAGCAUGGAGGAGGUGGUGAACCAUCCCUGGAUCAGGGAUGGGGAUUCAGAUAGGGAUUAA